GCAGGGGGGAGCGGGAAGCGGCGAGGAGGGAGCGGGCCGUGAUCCCCGAGCAGUCCCGUCGGACCUGCCUGCGCAUCCCCCGGUGCCGCGCCGCGGGAUGGGCUCCCUCGCGGGCUGAGCCCGCCGAGGCGGGGGCACCGUGCCUGUGGCAGCGCUCGUUUACAGCUCUCUCGCUUCGCGCUUUUGCGGCGUAGGAAGGGACGAAAUAAGCGGCUGGUCGUGACAGUGCUGUGCUGAGCAGAGAGACUGGUGAUCAAGGAGAAAGAAUGUGAUGAAAAUGUUAAAUUUUUAUUGGACAGUUCUAUGAAGUCAGAAAAUUUCUGAAAUAGAAGGCCUCUCAGCCUUGUAAUGAAAAAUGAGUGGUGGGUUGGCACCAAGCAAAAGCACAGUGUAUGUGUCCAAUUUACCCUUUGCUUUGACAAACAACGAUCUGUACAGGAUAUUUUCAAAGUAUGGGAAAGUUGUCAAAGUUACUAUUAUGAAAGACAAAGACACCAGGAAGAGCAAAGGAGUUGCCUUUAUUUUAUUUUUGGAUAAAGAAUCUGCACAAAACUGUUCUCGGGCACUUAAUAACAAACAGUUGUUUGGAAGAGUAAUAAAAGCAAGUAUUGCCAUUGAUAAUGGAAGAGCAGCAGAAUUCAUUCGCAGGCGUAACUACUUUGAUAAGUCUAAGUGUUACGAAUGUGGGGAAGCAGGACACUUAAGUUAUGCUUGUCCUAAGAAUAUGCUAGGAGAGCGGGAGCCACCGAAGAAAAAAGAAAAGAAGAAGAGAAAGAAAAUAGUUGAGCCAGAAGAAAUUGAGGAGGAAGGAGAAAGUGAAGAGGAAGGAGAAGACCCUGCUCUGGAUAGCCUCAGCCAAGCCAUAGCUUUUCAGCAAGCCAAAAUUGAGGAAGAACAGCAACGAUGGACACAGACUGCAGGGGAAUCUUCAAUUUCAGAUGAUUCAAAACGUCCUCGGAUUAAGAAAAGUGCUUAUUUCAGUGAUGAGGAAGAACUUAGUGAUUGAAAUAAUACUAUUCUAUAUGUAUAUAUAAUAUAUGUAGUGUACCUUUUGUAAAGUGAUACAAAGUGAUCUGUAAUAUAGGUUUGUUUUGGUGUUAAAGACACUGAAAAUCCUUUUGUAUUUUUAUUCUGUCCUCUCACCUUCCUGUCUUUUUAUACCUUUGUCUCAAAACUUCACCUUUCAAGGCGGCUUCUUAAGAAAAUGGUGUGUUCCUACACUUAAAUCCAGAAGAGUAUCUUUGAGAAUUCUUCUUACAGUUACUGUCUAGACCCAAACCCUGGAAGUGAAAUCUUUCCUAAGAGAAUUUCCCACAACUUUUUUCCCAAGAGGAUUCCUCUUAGGAUGACUGUUACCACCACUGAUUCUUUAUGUAUUGGUCUGUUUAUUACCUGUUUGGAAGCAGGAGGCUUUAGCAGUACUUUAGUGGAUUAUGAAUCUUGCACUGUUCCUCUUCAUAGUGUUAAAUUUCAGCUUUAAGCAUUGUACUAGUCUUUUAACUCCUCAGGCAAUAGAUGAUAAAUUACUGUCACAUCAGCACUGUUUCUCCUGACUGCAGUUUGGGUGCCUAACAUGGUAAUUAUGGUUAUCCAUGGGGUUUUAAAUAUACUUGUAUCUAACCUGGGUCAGAGUUCUGUGUUCACAACCAUCUAAACGUGUUGGUAAAAUGCAAAAGGCACAAAGUUUCCUACAUACUUUAAUUAGCUUUGAUGUAUACUUGGAACCAUCAUGGUCUCUAAGCAAAGUGCAUCGGUACCUAGUUUGCACAUAAAGCUGUGAAGACCUUUUAAAUAGUGUCUCCAUUCUUACCUCCCUAGGGUUCUAGUCAUGUUCUCCUGUAUCAGUGAUUAUUCCCAAAACCACAGACACAUGGUGGUAACUGUUUAAAAAGUCUAAACUUUUCACUUUUAGAAAGCACAACGUUAAAUAUAUUCACACUUGGAAGAAGAGAUGAGCUGUCCUCUUUUUCUAUUUUCAGUUCUUCCUGUUUAACCAUCAGGACUUGAUUUUCUUCCAAAUAUUCAAUUAUCUGUUCUUAAUAUUAAUUUACAUUCAAAUACAUAAGGUGCAAAGCAAAGAAACGCACACACACACACUCUCUAAGAUAGCGUAGUCUCAUUCAGAAGGUCAUUCUUGUCCUUGUUUUGCUCCAUAAACACAAGAAUUCAGAAACAAGAAUAAGGCAAUAAAAGAUUUUUCUCUACAAGCUACUCAAGCCAUCGUAAUAAGGAGGAAUAUUGGGUUCUAGACAUAGGAAGGUCUUGGACUCAGUAAUCAAAGAAAUGUUUUUAAGACUGACUUUUUGCUGAAAGUACUAUAUAUUAAAUCUGAGGCUUCCUUUACUGAAUUUUGGAAGAUCUUUUGAUACUGAAUAGCAGAGUGCUCAAGUGCCAGGCGUAACUUCAUAAUAAUAAAUGCAAAUCACUCUACAUUGUGUAUGUAAGAAUGAAGCCUGAGGAGUUCUAAACUGAGCUAAGGAAGAAAGUCUUGCUGCCAGCGUACUUCUCUGCAAGUGCUAGGUUAGGGCCCAGUGACAAUCAAAAAAAAAAAGAAGAAAGCGAAACAAGCAAAAAUAUUGGGCCACUACCUAAAAUUGGAGUUUGUCUUCAAGUACCAUAUUCAAUGCUGUUUUUAAAAAAAGAUAGAAAACUAAAAUGUGACAGAGGACCAGUUUGACAUUGUCCAUGACUUUGGUUUGGGAAUAUUUGGUAGCUUGUAAGAGUUAAGAUUUCAGUGAAGUGAUUAGGCAGCAAGUUUCAAGCUUGUAUUUCAUUACACUAUAUAAUGUAAUAGUGGAACUUACUGCUAGGAGACUUAACGGUCAUGCAGUCAAAAGGAUUAGACUUGUAUGUGAAACAGAUUUUCAGAUGUUGGUUUUAAUAAAGUCUCCACUCAGAAAUAUCCUCACUUGCUGGCUACCUCUAAUAGUUAAAAUAUAUAGAGGUAUUAACGUAGUCUAGAAAUGUAUUGUUCUUGCACACGUUACUGUUUCAUAUUUGCUACUGGUGUCUUGUCAGAAAGCAUAAAACCCAAACCGGAGCCUUAUUCUGACCUAAUAAAGUACUUUUUCAAGAGUUGCAA